UCCUCCUCCAUUGCUUGGUCCCUUUCUCAUCUUCAACUCCCUCAAUGCACCCUCAUCUCUAUAUGCAUAUGAGAACCUCAUUUAACCCCUCCACAUAACCUUUUGCCUUAAUUACUAGUUGGAGUUAUAUACAGAAAGAUUUAUAUACUUUGAGAUAGAUUGAUGGAUCAAUUGUAAAAAGAGGUGGCAAUGUUUUCGGUAGGUGUAGUAGUCCAGUAGCAAUCUCAUUUAUUACUCUAGUACCAUUUUUCUUCUUCUUCCGGGUUGUGUAAGUUCACCCACUCAUCUUUCCUUCUUCACCACUUGCACAAAUAUUUGAGGAAGAAUUAAACCACUUGAGGGCAAAUACUUUAAAGGGUAAUCCAAAGGGUCGAAGAGCGGGCGAUCGACGAUAUAUUCUAAGAUCUCAUCGGUUUAUGGCCAUCGAGUCGGCCAUGAACGGAGAAGAGAGCAGGGGCGACGGCCACGAGAACGACCUCGUGAUGCCGGGCUUCCGGUUCCAUCCUACCGAAGAAGAGCUAAUUGAUUUCUACCUUCGGCGGAAGGUCGAGGGUAAACGCUUUAACGUGGAGCUCAUCACCUUCCUCGAUCUCUAUAGCUACGACCCGUGGGAACUUCCGGCAUUGGCAAUAAUUGGAGAUAAGGAGUGGUUCUUUUAUGUUCCUAGAGAUCGAAAGUACAGGAACGGCGAUCGACCCAACCGAGUCACUCCGACGGGUUAUUGGAAGGCGACUGGGGCCGAUCGGAUGAUUCGAGCCGAAAAUAAUCGGCAAGUUGGAUUGAAAAAGACCCUUGUUUUCUACUCUGGGAAAGCCCCUAAGGGUAUCAGGAGCACCUGGAUCAUGAAUGAGUACCGUUUGCCAAAGAGCGAAACAGAUCUGUAUCAGAAGGCCGAAAUUUCGCUAUGCCGAGUCUACAAGAGAUCCGGGAACGACGACUACUCCCAGCUCACUAGCACACUCUCUGCAAAGGCAUCUACCUCUCGAGGGAGCCUAGCCAAUAGAAAGCACCUCACAUCUCACCAUCAAGUUGUGAAUUUCGCGAUACAUGAUCAAGGUGAAAAUUCAUCGCUAAAAAUCCCCGAGAUUGCUGUGGGAAGCAAAACCAACUUGCCAACAUCUAUGCUACCAAAACCAAAAGUCUACAGAUCGACGGCCUCAGUUGCUUCAUUGAGCUCAACUACCACGACUGAAGAAGAUGGCCUUUCCUUCUACCAUUCGACGAACACGAGCGGUUUAAUCCCUCCAUACUCCCUCCUCAAUUUAUCCACUUCUACAAUGACCUCAACUCCAAUUGAUGAGCUAAAUAAGAUAGUUGGAUACGAUCAAACAUACAACAACCAACCCAACCAUUUCCAUUCAUUGACACCGCAAUCUCAGUUGCUUCCAUUUAAUUCGCUGCCUGUAUCGUUCUCGACCGUUUCAGAUAAGCUUUGGGACUGGAACCCUCUUCCGGAUGUUGGGAGGGACUAUACUAGUUUUAAGUGAUUAUCAACAAGUACCAUGAAUUAUAUAUAUAUAUAUAUAUAUAUAUGCACCUAUUAAUGGCCUCCAUUUUUAGGAUGUAUGUCUAGUAUUAUUAAAGAUUGUGCUAGUGUGUUUAAGAACUCAAGAUUGUAAUUGCAUUAACCUUUUAUGAACUUACAAUAUAGCUAGUGAUA